AUGGCAUCCGAUCUAGUAACCACUGGACUUCCGUCAAUCCAUUCGACCUACAAUGCGCGAAUUGAGGCUAUUCGCGAAGAUGAGUAUCCCAUGCUUAAAGAUCAGGUCUACCUCGACCAUGCGGGUAUGACUGUUCCGGCGAAAUCUCUCAUGACUUCAUUUGCAAAUGAAAUGUCAAGCACCCUCUUUGAGGACAUUCGCAUUCGCGUCCUUCAGAUGUUCAACGCAGACCCCGCCAGAUUCGAUGUAGUCUUUGUUGCCAAUGCGACGGCUGGCAUCAAGCUCGUGGCCGAAGCGCUACGAGGCACACCGGAAGGAUUCGACUACGUUUACCACCAAUGGAGUCACACCAGUCUUGUUGUCGCGUUUAAUCUCAAGAACGAGCACGGUUCCUGGAUCUCUCUUGCCGACUUUCAGAAACUGGCGAGCCUGCAGACCUUCCACCUCCGAACAGGCUCUGUUUGCAACCCCGGAGGGUUGUCUGAAAUACUCGGAUUGUCAUCCGCCCAAAUUAAGAAGAAUUACGCGGACGGCUUUCGAUGCGGAGAUGACAACGAUCUCAACAAUGGCCAACCAACGGGGGUCAUUCGAGCUAGUCUGGGGGCGAUGAGCACAGAGUCAGAUGUUGACAGACUCAUCAACUUCAUUCAAGAGUUCUACGUAACCAGAAGCGACAUCACGACCAUGCAAGAUGAAAUUCAGUACGGCCAAGACGUCACCACUGGCAUCAUUCAAGAUGUAAUCGUAUACCCAAUCAAAAGCUGCAAAGGCUUUCAUAUCCCGCAACACACACCUUGGCAAGUGCGGCCUGAAGGACUCAUGUGGGAUAGAGAAUGGUGUCUCGUGCAUCGCGGCACCGGCCGAGCUUUGAGUCAGAAGAGAUACCCUCGCAUGGCUUUGCUACAGCCAAAGAUCGAUCUCAAAAACGAGACUUUGAGCGUUGUUUACUUGGGUUUCACGCCUCACGGCACACCAGACUCUGUCUCAAUCCCCCUGGCGGAGGACUCAGACGUGAUUGAUUCACGAGGUCUGCUUGAAUGGACGGUCUCCAGAAUAUGUGGUGAGAAUGUUAACGUGCAAAGAUAUAUCUCUCAUCACAUCACCGAGUUCUUUUCCAAUGCACUUGGCGUACCUUGCGACCUCGCUCGUUGCUCGCCCAAGAUCCACAAAGCAGCUAUGAGGCUAGGUAAAGUCCGUCGGCUCCCGAAAAUGUGCCCUCGAAGCGCGUGGGAUCAGAAGGGCACCCCGGCCCCCGCAUGCACGACACUGGGGACUACUCAACACAAUACUAAAGGUCACCCCAUUCUUCUUUCCAACGAAAGCCCCAUACUGGCAGUCACCACAUCCAGCCUCGAAGCUCUGAAUGCCGUAAUUCGAGCCAGCGGUGGCCGAGAUGUAUCGCCGGAUGUGUUUCGCGCGAACAUUGUCAUUGCAUCUUCACCGGAAGCGUCCGCAUAUUCCGAAGAUGACUGGUCGGACAUUCUUAUAGGCGCGUUAAGCUUCAGAGUUCUCGGUUCUUGCCAGAGAUGUCACAUGGUCUGCGUUGAUCCUGAGACAGGGGUCAAGGGCGCCGAACCUUUUGUGUCACUUUCGAAGACAAGGCGAUUCGAUGGCAAGGUCUGGUUCGGCGUCCACUUGACCAUGGAACGGCAUGCAAACACUGGGGAUAUGCCGGAGGAAGACCAUGUAGUCAGCGUGGGACAAUGCAUUCUGGGCAACUCGGCCAAGUCUCCGAACUUGCCGGAGUCAACUUGA